GGGAAUCUUCUCUGAGUCUGAAGCAUCCUGCCUGACAGGUUUGCUCACACUCACCCAUGCCUUCCCUCAGUCCCUCUCAUCUCACUUAGAUUCCAUCUCUCAUGACCCAGUGACAUGAACUUGGGAAGAGGCUGCACUGGGCAUGGUCCUGGGAAGGGCUCACACCCAGACAUGGAUGGAGAUGGGGUGAGGGUCCCGUGGUGUCAGUGCUGUUGGGCAGCAGGGAUUGUUCAGGGGCCACAUCUGGAUGCACUGUCAGCUCUCUGUGGACCAGGAUUAGAGCAGCUGCCAAUGGAAGUCAUGUAUUCAUGUGCACAAAGUAUGUGGGUCUAUUGACAUUCAGGGACGUGGCCAUAGAAUUCUCUCAGGAGGAGUGGAAAUGCCUGGACCCUGCUCAGAGGACUCUAUACAGGGACGUGAUGCUGGAGAAUUAUAGGAACCUGGCCUCCCUGGAUAUCUCUUCCAAAUGCACGAUGAAGGAGGUCUUGUCAACAGCGCAAGGCAACAGAGAAGUGUUCCACGCAGGCACAUUGCAAAGACAUGAAAGUCAUCACAUUGGAGAUUUUUGCUACCAGGAUGUUGAUAAAGAUAUUCAUGACUUUGAAUUUCAAUGGCAAGAAGAUGAAAGAAAUGGCCAUGAAGCACCCAUGACAAAAAUCAAAAAGUUGACUGGUAGUACAGACCGAUAUGAUCAAAGUCAUGCUGGAAACAAGCCUAUUAAAGAUCAGCUUGGAUCAAGCUUUCCUUCGCAUCUGCCUGAAAUGCACAUAUUUCAGACCGAAGAGAAAAUUGAUAAUCAAGUUGCAAAGUCUAUCAACGAUGCUUCCUCGGUUUCAACAGCCCAAAGAAUUUCUUGUAGGCCCAAAACCCAUAUAUCUAAUAACUAUGGGAAUAAUUUCCAGAAUUCUUCAUUACUCACACAAAAACAGGAAGUACACAUGAGAGGAAAAUCUUUCCAAUGUAAUGAGAGUGGCAAAGCCUUUAAUUAUAGCUCACUCUUAAGGAAACAUCAGAUAAUCCAUUUAGGAGAGAAACAGUAUAAAUGUGAUGUAUGUGGCAAGGUCUUUAAUCAGAAGCAAUACCUUGCAUGCCAUCAUAGAUGUCACAAUGGUGAGAAACCUUACAAGUGUAAAGAGUGUGGCAAGACCUUCAGUCAGGAGUCAUCCCUUACAUACCAUCAUAGACUUCAUACUGGAGAGAAACUUUACAAAUGUGAAGAAUGUGACAAAGCUUUCCAUUUCAAAUCAAUACUUGAAAGACAUAGGAUAAUUCAUACCGAAGAGAAACCAUACAAGUGUAAUGAGUGUGGCAAGACCUUUAGGCAGAAGUCAAUACUUACACGCCAUCAUCGACUUCAUACUGGAGAGAAACCUUACAAGUGUAAUGAGUGUGGCAAGACCUUUAGUCACAAGUCAUCCCUUACUUGCCAUCGUAGACUUCAUACUGGAGAGAAACCCUACAAGUGUAAUGAGUGUGGCAAGACCUUUAGUCACAAGUCAUCCCUUACAUGCCAUCGUAGACUUCAUACUGGAGAGAAACCUUACAAAUGUGAAGAAUGUGACAAAGCUUACAGUUUUAGAUCAAAUUUUGAAAUACAUCGGAAAAUUCAUACUGAAGACAAUGCUUACAAGUGUAACGAGUGUGGAAAGACCUUUAGCCGGACAUCAUCCCUUACAUGCCAUCGUAGACGUCAUACUGGAGAGAAACCUUACAAAUGUGAAGAAUGUGACAAAGCUUUCCGUUUCAAAUCAAACCUUGAAAGACAUAGGAGAAUUCAUAGUGGAGAGAAACCAUACAAGUGUAAUGAGUGUGGCAAGACCUUUAGUCGGAAGUCAUACCUUACAUGCCAUCAUAGACUUCAUACUGGAGAGAAAGCUUACAAGUGUAAUGAGUGUGGCAAGACCUUUAGUUGGAAGUCAUCCCUUACAUGCCAUCGUAGACUUCAUUCUGGAGAGAAACCUUACAAGUGUAAGGAGCGUGGCAAGACCUUCAAUCAGCAGUUAACCCUUAAACACCAUCAUAGACUUCAUAGUGGAGAGAACCCUUACAAAUGUGAAGAUAGUGACAAAGCUUACAGUUUCAAAGCAAACCUUGAAAUACAUCAGAAAAUUCAUACUGAAGAGAAUCCUUACAAGUGUAAUGAGUGUGGCAAGACCUUCAGCCGUACGUCAUCCCUUACAUGCCAUCGUAGACUUCAUACCGGAGAGAAACCUUACAAAUGUGAAGAAUGUGACAAAGCUUUCCAUGUGAAAUCAAACCUUGAAGGACAUAGGAGAAUUCAUACUGGAGAGAAACCGUACAAGUGUAAUGAGUGUGGCAAGACCUUUAGUCGGAAGUCAUAUUUUAUAUGCCAUCGUAGACUUCAUACUGGAGAGAAACCUUAUAAGUGUAAUGAGUGUGGCAAGAACUUUAGUCAGAAGUCAUCCCUUAUAUGCCAUCGUAGACUUCAUACUGGAGAGAAACCUUACAAGUGUAAUGAGUGUGGCAAGACUUUUAAUCAGAAGUCAAACCUUACAUGCCAUCGUAGACUUCAUACUGGAGAGAAACCUUACAAGUGUAAUGAAUGUGGUGAGGUUUUUAAUCAACAAGCACAGCUUGCAGUUCAUCAUAGAAUUCAUACUGGGGAGAAACCUUAGAAUAUGAAGCAUGUGAUAAAGUUUACAGUUGCAAAUCAAGCCUCGAAAGACAGGAGAAUUCAUACUGGAGAGAAAGCUUAUAAAUGUGAAGAAUGUCACAAAGUUUACAGUCGCACAUCAAACCUUGAAAGACAUAGGAGAAUUCAUACUGGAGAGAAACCAUAAAAAUGUAAGAGUUUGUGGCAAGGCUUUUGGGCGUGAUUCGCACCUGGCACAACAUCCUAGAAUUCACACUGGAGAGAAACCUUACAAGUGUAAUGAGUGUGGCAAAGCCUUUAGUGGGCAGUCAACACUUGUUUACCAUCAGGCAAUCCAUGGUGUAGGGAAACUUUACGAAUGUAAUGAUUGUCACAAAGUCUUCAGUAACACUACAACCAUUGUGAAUCAUUGGAGAAUCCAUAACGAAGACAGAUCAUACUAGUGUAAUAAAUUUGGCAAAUUUUUCAGACAUUGUUCAUACCUUGCAGUUCAUCGGUGAACUCAUGCUGGAGAGAAACCUUACAAAUGUCAUGACCGCAGCAAGGUCUUAGUCAAGCUUCAUCCUAUGCAAAACAUAGGAGAAUUCAUACAGGAGAGAAACCUCACAUGUGUGAUGAUAGUGGCAAAGCCUUCACUUCACACCUCAUGAGACAUCAGAGAAUGCAUACUGGACAGAAAUCUUACAAAUGUCAUCAAUGUGCCAAGGUCUUCAGUCUGAGUUCACUCCUUGCAGGAUAUGAGAAAAUUCAUUUUGAAGGUAGUUGCUCCAUAUGCAAUGAGUAGAGCGAACCAUCAAGCAUUAAUUGACAUUAGGGUCAAUUCAGCAUUGACCUGAGUUUGUAUCGACUUAACAUUGAGUUCAAGCAUUAAUUGACAUUAGUGUUUAUGUUAAGAGGAUUCGGCCAGGCACAUCGGCUUACACCUGAAAUCCGAGCACUUUGGGAGGCCAAGGUGGGUAGAUCACUUGAGGUCAGGAGUUUGAGAUCAGCCUGGCCAACAGACGUGAGCCAUUUUCCCAGCCUGUUUUUUGUUUCUUUAAAAAAACUGAUAGGGAUUUUUAUGGAUAUCAUGUUGAAUCUAAAUCACAUUGGGUUAUAUAAUCAUUUAACAAUAUUAAUUUUUCCAAACCAUCAAUAUGGGUUGUAGCUCAGUGUUUUUAAUCAUUUUGAUCAAUGUUUGUAGAUUUCAAGGUACAAACUUCUGACCUUUUUACGUUUAUUUCUAAGUAUUUCUUACUUUAAGUUCUCCAGCAAAUGGAAGUGUUUUACAAUUUUCUUUUAAAAUUGUUUAUUGUUAAAGUUUGGAAAUUCAACUAAUUUAUGGUGCUGAUACUGCAUUGUGCAAAUCCACUGAAUAUGUUACUUAGUUCCAGUAGUAUUUUGGUUGACUCUUUGUGAUUUUCUACACAGAAGAUUAUGUCAUCUACAAACAAAUAUAAUUUUACUUCUUACUUUCUGA